GCGGCGGCGAAUGCCCCGAGGAGAGCUAAGCUGUGCGGUGUAAAGCGUGGCCCCGCUGCUCCUUCGGUGAGAGUCGUAGGAAAAAGCACAGCUGAAAAAUGAGUAAAAGAUGGCUCUGUGGCCUGACGGCGCUCCCGGGGCCGCGAAAGCCUCCCGAUGAGACAGAGGUGCCCCGAGCGCUCCCGGCCUGCCGGGGACUGCAGAUAGUUUCUUCCCUUUUCUAGGCUGGGCUCUGCUACUGACCUCCGGUGUACCCAUUGUCAAUCUCCUGCCCCUUCGGUUUCCUACCUAAAAUGGUUUCCUGCAUCCUCCAGGUGCUCAGCAUGUCUUGGCCGCUCCUGCUCUGCUCACUCUGACCAUGAGCAGCAAUUCUUCCCUCAGCAAUGGGAACACUCUGAGGAACCUCACCACGCAAGAAGACGGUGCGGUCAGAAUCACUGAAGCCGUUGCUAUAAUCGUCAUUGCUGUUUUCAUCUGCUUGGGCAACCUCAUCAUUGUUGUCACCCUCUAUCGGAAGUCUUACCUUCUCACGCUGAGCAACAAGUUUGUGUUCAGCCUGACCCUCUCCAACUUCCUGCUCUCUGUCCUGGUGCUGCCUUUUGUUGUCACCAGUUCUAUCAGGCGGGAAUGGAUCUUUGGAGUUGUUUGGUGCAAUUUCUCAGCUCUGCUCUACAUGCUUAUCAGCUCAGCCAGCAUGCUUACUCUUGGACUCAUAGCCAUAGACCGGUAUUAUGCUGUCCUUUACCCUAUGGUAUACCCAAUGAAGAUUACAGGCAACAGAGCAGUGGUGGCUCUUGUGUAUGUGUGGCUACAUUCCCUCAUUGGCUGCCUCCCUCCCCUCUUUGGCUGGUCGUCUUUGGAGUUUGACCAGUUCAAGUGGAUGUGUGUAGCCGCGUGGCACAAAGAGGCUGGUUACACUGCCUUUUGGCAGGUCUGGUGUGCGUUGCUGCCUUUCCUGGUCAUGAUGAUCUGCUAUGGGUUCAUAUUCCGUGUGGCUAGGAUUAAAGCCCGCAAAAUCCACUGUGGCAGUGUUGUCAUCGUGGAGGAGGACUCCCAGAGGAAUGGGAGGAAGAACUCCAGCACUUCCACGUCCUCCUCAGGAAGCAGAAGGAACGCUUUCCAAGGGGUUGUCUACUCUGCCAACCAGUGCAAAGCUUUCAUAACCAUCUUGGUGGUCAUCGGUGCUUUUGUUAUUACGUGGGGACCUUACAUGGUAGUAAUAACAUCGGAGGCGCUUUGGGGAAAAAACAGUAUUUCUCCUGCCUUGGAGACAUUAGCUACGUGGUUGUCCUUCUCCAGUGCCAUUUGCCACCCGUUAAUUUACGGACUGUGGAACAAAACAGUGCGCAAGGAACUACUAGGAAUGUGCUUUGGGGAUCGGUAUUACCGUGAGUCGUUUGUUCAGCGGCAUAGGACCUCAAGGUUAUUCAGCAUUUCCAAUAGGAUCACAGAUUUGGGACUAUCCCCUCAUCUCACUGCCCUCAUGGCAGGUGGGCGGACAUUAGGAAACAGCAGCAGCACAGGAGACACAGGUUUCAGCUGUUCACAGGAUUCAGGAACAGACACAAUGCUUCUUGAAGACUAUAGCUCAGAUGGCCCUUCUCUUCCACAUUGUGUCUGUCCUCCUCGAAGAAGGAGUUCAGUGACAUUUGAAGAUGAAGUAGAGCAAAUUAAAAAUGGGCUUAGGGAAACUGCAAAGAAUUCUGUUCUUCACGUAAAAGCUGAUGUUCAUAAAUCUCUGGACAGUUAUGCAUCCAGCUUAGCAAGAGCUAUUGAAGCUGAUGUGAAAAUCAGCUUGUUUGGGGAAGGUGCUUUACCAGGAGCUCUUUUUCCUGCGCGGACUCUGCCAGGAAGCGGUGUGAACACACGGCGUGGCAUCAGGCCCCAUGCUAGCCAAAGACUUCAGCUUCAGAGCAUCGAUGAAGGGAAUAUUUGACAGAAGAACUAGAGGAAAGUAACGGAGUGAAACCACUAAGCGGGACCUACCAUGUCUGUUACUGUUUGAACAGAAGCAGGAUACCUCGUUGGGACGUUAUCAGUGAUCUUUGAAAACACAUGAAUGUCGGUUGAAUUCUGGUACUUGCAUCAGCAUUUUGCAGCAGUAUUUACUUGUUGUUUAGGGUGCUAUUGGACUUCUUUUUGCCACAUCUGAAACCUGUCAUACAGAGCAUAGGAACACAGAAUUUGUUUUUUUUUUUGUCAACCAAAUCAUUAGGCCAUUGAAUCACAUUGUCUCUUUUCAGCCAAAGCUGACGCAGAGAUGUAAAGUAUGUGCAGUGUUUAAUAAUUGUAGUGAUCCUUUUCUGAACACUAGGAUCAUCCAUUUAUACUUGAUACCCUGAGUGUUCUGAUGGGGGCUUGUACGUUGGUUUCUACACGCAGUCUUACUGUCAACAUUCCCAAAUAAUAGAGCAUGGAACACUAAGGACAACAAUUGAGCUUUACAGAGAGCUCAUGUAUGUUAUUAUUCUUCUUAUCCUUGCUAGCAGACAUUUCUGGCCAUUUGUCAGAAUGCUAGGUAUGAAAACUAAUUGCAUGUUGCUUCUGCUUUACGAGACACCUGCUUCUCCAGAUGUCAUGGGUUGAAGCAGACCAGCGUUGGAAGUUUCACAGAAAUAUUUGAGAAGGACAUCACUGCAGAGUUCUUAGUUUCUCUGAGAACUGCAAGUCUUCCCUGCUUUUGCUUUGACUAAAAGAUCACCCUGCAGCUUCAGGAAGCUUGACAGGACAUGAAUAAGGUAUUACCACUUUCAUCAUGUAUGCAGGAUUCAUCUUUUCUAUAGAAGGAAAUUCCAUGGGUUAUUUUUUAAUCAUGAGAGAAUGUAGUACUUCAUAGUUACCUCAGUGCAUAUAUUUUUUUGGAGUUUUAAUUCAUUAAUCUCUAGAAUAAGACCAUUUAGCACUUACGUUGCACCUUGCACAUUCUAGGCACUGUACAGACUUUACCUUGUUAGGCCUGUAUGAGAGGGCUGAUCAGCCUUGCUUGCCAAAGAAGAGGAAUGCAGGAACAGUUGAGCCAGAAAUGAAAGCAGCUGCAAGGGUGGAAAGAUUUGUUAUGAAAAGAGGGAUGAAGUGGAUCUUAUGAGAAUGCCCAGCAUGAGGAACCUCACUGUGCCUUUCUAGCCUGGACCUUUUCUUCCUUUAUGGAAGUUACUGCCCUGCCUUAAUGUUUGUUUCAAGGAGAUGGAUCAGUAGGAUAUCCGUUUCUUGAGGUUGGGAUUCAGUAGCAAAUGGACUUAUGGACUGAGGACCUGUAUUUAUUUACUCUGUGUCUGUUCUCCACUGUCUCUCAUUUUAAGUGUUUACUUUUGUUUCUUUUUCUUAGAAGUGAUCUGAGCUUUUGCAGCAGAUUCUUUGGAAAUUGAGGGAGACUGUUUACAUCUGGUCAAAAAAUUAAGUUGAUGGUUGUUAAAUUAUGUCUGCUUGCAACUUUCUCAAAGGUACAGAAACAAAAUAAGCUUUGAGGCAGAGCCUCAUCUCUGAUUUUA